CAAGGCACAUAGCCAAACCAUAUAGUAAGCAAAUCUCUGCGGAGCUUUCUGAGAAACUGAAGUGUGAGGGCGUCAUUAUAGGCGAGCAGGAUCUUGGGCAUCCGUUAUCUGAAGAAAGCAGAUAACGUGGAAACAGCUGCUACUUUCUCUGACGUCAGAAGAUCGCUCUUGAUCUUGCACUGUAGCGAAUUCUAGGAGGGAAAGAAGGAAAAUGGCGAUGGGAAGAGCACGGAAGCGGCGUGAGGACAUGCCAGAGCAGAGUAACGAUUACCGGGUGGUUGUGUUCGGCGCGGGCGGCGUUGGGAAAAGUUCCCUGGUGCUGCGGUUUGUGAAAGGAACCUUUCGAGAGAGCUACAUCCCCACCAUUGAGGAUACGUACAGACAGGUUAUCAGCUGCAACAAGAACAUCUGCACGCUCCAGAUCACGGACACGACAGGAAGCCACCAGUUCCCGGCCAUGCAGCGGCUCAAUAUCUCAAAGGGUCAUGCCUUCAUUCUGGUCUACUCCAUCACCAGUAAACAAAGUCUCGAGGAGUUACGGCCUAUCUUUGACGUCAUUCAAGAGGUGAAAGGCGGCGACACAGAAGGCAUCCCCGUAAUGCUCGUCGGCAACAAAGUGGACGAGACGGAAAGCCGCGAAGUGGACACGAGCACGGGACAGGACCAAGCCAAGCGGUGGAGCUGCGGCUUUCUCGAAACUUCCGCAAAGACCAACCACAACGUCAAGGAACUAUUCCAGGAGCUGCUCAACAUGGAGAAGCGCCGUUCCAUGUCACUCCAGUUAGACGGCAAGAAGACCAGGUCACAGCUUCGCAAGGAAAAACUCAAGGGGAAGUGUCUAGUCAUGUGAACGUCCCCUCUACCCUGCCAGUGUGAAAGUUCUCCACGAGCUUUCACACAUCCAACCUACGAAAAAAAAAAAAAAAAAGGAAAGGAGGAAAAAAGCAUAUGCGUUCAGCGAGCGAACAUAAUUUUUUUCGUCGUCUCCGAAAGAUCUGACUUUGUGAUGUGCGACAACUGUUUUGUGGUGCGUGAUGUCGAGCAUGAACGCUGUGCAGGACGUGGUACUUUCAAGGAAGAAAGGAGUGUUCAGAGGAAGUUCAUAAAAUGAUGUGGCAUUGUGAAUGGAUGACUACCUGCAAUCCCACGAUGCUCUUAAAAAAAAAAGAAAACAAAACUAGAUCCGAACUUUAAAUUUCCCACUUGUCUUUGUGCAAGACAUUUGCAUAUAACUUUUUUCUUUCGCAUAUAAAUAUAGCUUAUAGCUCGCAGAGCAUCGUGGGUCCUGCGGUUCUCUAAGCCAGCAGUGUGUGCAGCUUUCUGUUUGUCCACAGUCGGUUCAACGAGCCAUAAUGUUUGUUUGUGAUGAGAUACGUCGACACGUUCUGGACUCGGGGUUCUGUUCCGCAUCCUGAACUGGAGACGUGUCAUCUAAGGUUCGAGCUGGAAUGUGGCGAAAAGCGCAUGCGUAAUGGUAUAUUGUCUGUGCGGGAGGGCCUUGGGUAUCAAAUGUACUUCUUCUGCCGCAGCUUAUUGUUGCUCGUAUUCGGAGCACACGUUUGCGUCUGCUUCUAUCAGGCGGAGUGUUUCCAGAGCGUGUCGUACAUAUAUAAGCGACGUGCCGUGGAUACGUGGUGCGGUACAUGCGAUGCAAAGUAGAAGCAAGGGAGUCCGUGGUGUGUCUCGACGUUCGUGCAGCAUCGCGAAACGCUAGUGCGAGAUAUGUCCUGUCCCGUUAGGUAGACCCUUUUCCGUACUAUACUUUUUGUCUCCUCCUCUCCAAGAAUUUACUCACUCUGACAACAUAUCCGCUCGCAACACUGAAGGAAGGAGACGUCCCAAAUUAUUAUAGACUAAGCUCGCCCGUUACGCUUGGUUAAAAUCCUACCAUAUGGCGUGUACCCCCAUUUACUCGCAUAAUUAGCGCACCUCCAACCUGGGCGCAUAAAUGUUGGCUUUUUUUGUUUCCGCGUACCUUGGCUUUAGCAGCGCCAGCGGCACCACCCCACAAGCGAUGGGCCCCCGUAACGUACGGCGCCGAUUUUCCUGGCAUACAUACCGGUCCCGUGCCGUUGCGCUGCGUUCUUGGGUAAGAAAGUGCGUUAAUUGCACGAGUAAAUUACGGUAUUUUUGAUGAAUGAUCACGUUAAAACAUGAUACAGAGCAUGGUGCUUCUUUGACUUUCUUCUACAACGCAGAAGCCUCGGCGUUCGCGAUUGAAUUCUACGGGUGCUGUGUUUUUCGUCUUUUAAGCCGUUUUAAGCAUUUAUAUUACUUUCCAUUGGUGCCAAAGUCGCAAAGCUUUAACACAAACAUCGCGGGCUCCAGCAAGUCUCAAUCAUCCUUUCCACGGUAUCUUGUAAAUUUAUAUCCCUUCCCGGUACAUUCCUUAAGACGAACAAUAACGACCCUGUAACCUAUACUCUUCUAUACGCUAAGUGCUCAAAUACCACCAUCAUAGAGAGCUCUCACACAUAACAGCAGGUACACUCUCGUCUAUACUUUCUAUUGAUAGCGCAGUUAAAUUUUCUGCUCGCGACCAUCGUUAUGCGUUCCUGCCAAACUCGAAUGCGUCCACGGAUUUAAACAUUGCAGCUGUUUCAGCGCCGUCAGCAGCGAUGACGUGUACAGUGGUGGACAACCGCUUCGAACGGUCCGACAGAGUUUCGCAGACGACGGACUGUCGUCUGCGUUUGCGCUGCCGCGCCACCGUCUCUCAGGCGAAAGAAAAUCGCCAAUGCCACCUAGAUAAGCAAAGCCCGAUCGCUUAUAAGCCGGUACAAGCCAUAUGAGAAGCCACUAGUAGCCAGAGAAAACCUGGGUUUGAAAUCGUCUGUGGCGAUUGGUUGACAUCCUUGCGUCAUAUGCCUACGUGCGAAAGAGUGAGAGGAGGCAUUAAGCAGGCCUUCUGUACCUAGGUGGCGUUGGCAGAGCACCCUCCAUUCAUCGCGUGCGCAAACAGCUGUAAAGUUGAUUUCUGGACGACCUCUUUUCUGACACCUCUUAUGUCGUAGUAUUUACCUGAAGAAAAUUCCGGAUGAUAUCAAAGCAGCGAGUACAGCCAAAUGUACAUACACAUAGAACGGCUAAUCUGACCAGACCAGAUAUAGGCUUUCCGAUUAGUUGACGCUUGAGUACGUUUCAGGAGGUUAUCACUCUCAGCAGACCUACUCUGAUUUGGGCGGGGCGCCCUCUGCAAUUUUGCAGUCACACUACUGUACCUUCACAAGCGAUAUACAGCACAUGUAUGACAAGCACUCAUGCUACAUAUGUAACAGAGAAAACAUGUCUUCCUAAGCAUACGAGUGUGAAUAGAGAUAUAAGACACUAUAUUUACCUUUCACUGUGAAUAGCUCCAGAGUUUCUGCAGACCCAUAUAAGGGACAGCUCAGUAUUCUUUUUAACUCCGCGAGAUUAGCCACCAUGGAAGGCGUACGAGUUGUUCGUGAUUAGCGCUACCGGUUUUCGAUAUUCACGGGAAAAGUGUGUUUAGUUUGGUAUAUAUAUAGAUAUGCCUGGUAGUAAAAAGUACAAAUGUUAAAACGAGGCAGCACUCAUCCUCAGGUACCUGAGCCACAAAGUAUAGCAAGUCAGAAAUCUUGAAUCGUUCUAUCAGUGUCUUCUGGUGCAAAAUUUGAUUUUUAUUUUAUUUUACUAAUGUUGGACAGUUUGAGAUAAGAGGCAAGUAACCUUAAGUGCAAGAGGCACACUCUCAGAAAAAAGGGUGUGAAAAGAGUGGCAACCUUGCCUGCAGGUGCAGCACAAAAUGUGUGUAAGAGCUGUUAUUAUACUGAGUGUAGUAUUGAGUUGAUUGUAGUAUGACUGUAGUGAGUAUAGUGAGUGUUGCUUUCCCAGCAUUGACAGUGCAGUGGACAUUGAGUACAUUGUGUACAACGAAGAUAAGUAACUAAAAUUUGUUUUGGGAUUUGCGCUAAUCAUGUUGCGCCGACUUCAACCAGGUAGCAGGUACAACUUUGCAACCUUUCAGGCACAAGGUAUGCGACAACUAUUACCUUCUAAAAGGUGUAACAGCUCCACCCUUUUUUCUAAGAGUGUGCGUACUCAUACAAAGAAAAAUACAUGGUUCAAAAACCGGAAGUCCUAAGCACGACACACCACGAGGGUGGCACAACGUAGGAACGGGUGGCCACCUGGAUAAGAUACCUACCUUUCUCAUAGCCUGUCCUAGCCUGUACAUAUGCGUUAGUGAUUAAGGGAACGGUAGCAAGAGCGCGCACUGUAGCCACUCAGUUUAGCCGCACCACUAUAGCCAAAGACUACACUACACUACACUACUGAGUGCAGCAUAAAUAGUAGGUCCCAUGGUUCGAGCACUUCUACUGCGCGUACAAUCAUUAUGCGAUUGUUUGUCAAAACCCAAGAAACUGUACGAACAGGUCCAACUACUUUUUUUUUUUCGUACGUCGCAAGGCAAACGACGUAAAACAGAUUCAGAAUACAAGCGCGUUCUUCGAGCUCGGAUUCACAUAAAACCUUCUGUUGUUGUUUCUAGUUUCUUGGUCACGUAGUCGUUACAUUUUCAGUGAGCAAGAGCAGCAGAGGCUGAUAAAGAUGGAAGCGUACAUGCUGCACAUGGACGCAAAUAAAUUGUCUCAAUGCAUGUGCCAUUCGCAUUUUGAAAGACCGAAGUGUUCACGUUAGCGCUGUACGUUCCGAAAAAGUAGCACAUGUACGAAUGUGAAACUCACCUAAAUGCUGUUACUGCGGUGUGCAAUUCGAUAAAAUAGUAUUACGAUCAGAAACUGUAAUUACAUGCUAGCGUUUGCUUUCACGCUUUAUGCGGAUUUUUAGUGCUUGAUAAAAUGAAUCCCAGAUACAAAGUUCGACUAACGGUGUCCCUCUACAAUAUCUUCACCGAAACCUUGUACAUAUUUUCCGCUCCGGUACAAUAUUGCAUCUGCUGCUUACCUCAGUCAUGCCACGGAAUGGGUCAUCUCCAUAACGAGAUGCAACAUCGACCACAUUUUGCGCUUUGUUCAUAGUACAAGCCGUGUACACACAAGGACAACAUAUUCCACACUGUAUCGUGCUUUUCGAUAUCUCUAGAGUAUUGUAUACUAUACUGCCUACAACGCACAUCUCAACUGAGCAAGCACUCGCAUAUUUUAAACCUAUAGCUUUGUGUUGACAUGGUGAACGGAGGUGCUGAUGAGGCGAGAUUAACAUAUAAAUGUGUCGACAAGCGUGCACGAAUGUAAAUACACAAUAUGUUACAGAGAAUUCUGUUUAGAGUAUUCUCAAUAAAGCUUUUGUUCAAACGA